AUGCUGAGAAGCUGUGGGGUAAGUAGGACAAUAAAAACAGGAAAAAGCAAGUUUGUUUCUAGUGUUAUGCGCACAGGGUGGCAGGAUAUACCUGCUGAGUGUUCCCAGAAGGUCCCCAAGGAAACCAUUAACUUGAGUCUCUCACUGUUCUUACAUGUGGGGUGGCUUGGGGGAGGGGGAGGGAAGGUAUACUGAGAAGAGGGGGAUGGGCACCGCCCCAGAGGUCAGGGUUAUGCCGCACAGAGCUGCUGUGCACAUUAAUAAAAGGUAGAUGAUUGAAGGAUGAAUGUCAGGCAAGAUGUUCAUCGGGGGACUCAGUUGGCAGACUACGCAGGAAGGGCUGCGCGAAUACUUCGGCCAGUUCGGGGAGGUGAAGGAGUGUCUGGUGAUGCGGGACCCUCUGACCAAGAGAUCCAGGGGUUUCGGCUUCGUCACUUUCAUGGACCAGGCGGGGGUGGAUAAAGUGCUGGCGCAGUCGCGGCACGAGCUCGACUCCAAAACAAUUGAUCCCAAGGUGGCCUUUCCUCGGCGAGCACAGCCUAAGAUGGUGACUCGAACGAAGAAGAUCUUUGUGGGGGGGCUGUCAGUGAACACCACGGUGGAGGACGUGAAGCAGUAUUUUGAACAGUUCGGGAAGGUGGAUGAUGCCAUGUUGAUGUUUGACAAAACCACCAAUCGGCACCGAGGGUUCGGGUUUGUCACGUUUGAGAGCGAGGACAUCGUGGAGAAAGUGUGCGAAAUCCACUUUCAUGAAAUCAACAACAAAAUGGUGGAAUGUAAGAAAGCUCAGCCAAAAGAGGUGAUGUCGCCAACGGGCUCAGCCCGGGGGAGGUCUCGAGUCAUGCCCUAUGGGAUGGACGCCUUCAUGCUGGGCAUCGGCAUGCUGGGUUACCCCGGUUUCCAGGCCACAACCUAUGCCAGCCGGAGUUACACAGGCCUCGCCCCUGGCUACACCUACCAGUUCCCCGAAUUCCGUGUAGAGCGGACCCCUCUCCCGAGCGCCCCAGUCCUCCCCGAGCUUACAGCCAUUCCUCUCACUGCUUACGGACCAAUGGCGGCAGCGGCGGCAGCGGCAGCUGUGGUUCGAGGGACAGGCUCUCACCCCUGGACGAUGGCUCCCCCUCCAGGUUCAACUCCCAGCCGCACAGGGGGCUUCCUGGGGACCACAAGCCCUGGCCCCAUGGCCGAGCUCUAUGGGGCAGCCAACCAGGACUCAGGGGUCAGCAGUUACAUCAGCGCUGCUAGCCCCGCCCCCAGCACCGGCUUUGGCCACAGUCUUGGGGGCCCCUUGAUUGCCACAGCUUUCACCAAUGGGUACCACUGAAGCAGGAAACAGGUGGCAGGAGCGCCCCAGCCUGCAGCUGACUGAGGACCACAGUGAGCCAGCGAGGGGGCGGGGACACCUCAGCCGCAGCCGCCGCCCCCUCCCCCGCAGCGACUCGGACCGCUACUGCCUGCCCCCCACUCCCUGGGCCCGGCCCCUGCCCUGCUGCCCCCGGACAGCGUCUGGCUCCCCUACUAACCUCCCUCUCUUCCGCCCUUGGCUCCCCUCCCCCACCUGC